GGCUCGACAUGAGGCGGGAGCGGGACCGGGGACAGCCGCACUGGACUGUGGUUUUCAUCGUCGCCCUCACGAUGCAGCCGCAGGCUGUGUGUGCGGUGGGGAUGUUCGAGCUGCAGAUCCGUCACUACCAGAACCCCCAGGGCCUGCUGCAGACCGGAGAGUGCUGCGACCUCCCGGCCAGCGGGGGGCAGCGCUGCUCUCUCAGGGACCCGUGUGACACCUUCUUCCGGGCCUGUCUCAAGGAGUACCAGGCGCGGGUCAUCCCGACGGGUGCCUGCACAUUCGGCUCGGGCAGCACGGGGAUUCUGGGGGGGAACUCGCAGUCGUCCCACCACCGAGACCAUGGUGACGGAGCAGGCGGAGGAGGCGCGGGAGGAGGAGGAGGGGACGGGAGCAACGGACACAUUGUCAUCCCCUUCAAAUACGCUUGGCCGAAGUCCUUCUCUCUGGUUCUGGAGGCCCUGGAUCACGACAACGAGACAUCAGAAUCAGCUCAGUUGAUUGAGCGUGUUCUCCUCUCCUCCAUGCUGAACCCUAGCGAGCAAUGGCAGACCUUCCGACAUCACAGUCGCACCAUGAACCUGGAGUACCGCUUGCGCUUCCGAUGCGACUCAAACUACUAUGGGCCCUUCUGCAACAAGUUCUGCAGGGCACGGGACGACUUCUUUGGACACUUUGGCUGUGACUCCAGCGGCUCAAAGGUCUGCAAGGAUGGCUGGACUGGAGAAGAGUGCAGAGAAGCUGUGUGCAAACAGGGUUGUCACCAAAUCCAUGGCUCCUGUACCGUGCCCGGAGAAUGCAAGUGUCAUUAUGGCUGGCAGGGUCCUUUAUGCGACCAGUGUGUGACCUUCCCAGGUUGUGUCUACGGGAGCUGCACCGAGCCCUGGCAGUGUGUGUGCGAUGUCAACUGGGGAGGACUGCUGUGUGACAAAGACCUGAACUACUGUGGUACCCACCAGCCCUGUAAGAACGGGGGUACCUGCGCCAACACAGAGCCUAAUGAGUACCAGUGUGAGUGCCAAGAGGGGUUCCGCGGGCGCAACUGUGACAUUGUGGAACACGCGUGUUUGUCGUCCCCGUGUGCAAACGGCGCCACCUGUGUCGAGGAUCCUACAGGUUUCAGCUGCAUCUGCACCGAUGGCUGGACCGGACACACGUGCGCAGAGGCGGUGAGCCAGUGUGACUUGAACCCUUGCGGCCGUGGGGCGACGUGCCAAGAGUCUGGCGAGGGCUACCGUUGCCUCUGUGCUCCCGGAUGGAUGGGCAGGACUUGCCAACUGGAUACCAAUGAGUGUGAGACGGGCAUAUGUGUUCACGCCCGCUCUUGUCGCAAUCUGAUUGGUGGCUACCUGUGCAACUGCCUCCCUGGUUGGACUGGGUCCAACUGUGACAUCAAGAACAGCAGCUGCCAGGGUUUAUGUCUCAACGGGGGACACUGCGAGGACCUGGUUUCAGGAUUUAGAUGCUUGUGCCUGCCUGGUUUCACUGGGAAAUACUGUCAGACAAUCCAUAGUCCUUGUGACAGCGACCCCUGUCUUCAUGGAGGACAGUGUGUGGAGAACGACGGCCAAACCCUCACCUGCAACUGUCCGGUGGGAUUCUCGGGAUCUUUCUGUGAGAUUGUGUUGGAUCUGUGCAAUCCCAGUCCGUGCCAGCAGGGGGUGCCCUGUGUUAGCUCGGAGGGCAGGUAUACCUGUGCCUGUCCAGACGGUUACAAUGGUAAUGUGUGUAUGAGCCUCAAGGAUCCCUGCAUUGGCCAACACUGUCCAGGUGCCAUGUCGGACACAACGCGUGGCGGCGUCAGCUUCUAUCUGGUGUUGGUGGGUGUGUCCGCUUUAGUAACCGUCUGUGGCUGCGCUGCCUGCGCCUUCAUACUCUCCCACCUUCACAGGCAGCGGAAAAAGCAACAAGGCGGUCCACAGGAAGAGGGCAUCAACAACCAAAGGGAGUUUGUUACCCUCAUCCGAAAUGUGGACCGGGACCGCCCUGUACCCCUUCUGCCUCCUGUGACCCAACCCGCUCAGGCCCUGGCCCCAGCUCCGGCCCCUGCGUCACGUUGCUAUGAGGAGAUUGAACUCACGCUUCCUCCCUCCCCAGCCCCCACGCACUCCUCCCCAGCUCUAAAACCAUCCCACGCCCCGAAACUGGACAUCUCCAACCGCGAGAGGGAGAAGCUUAACCGCUUCAACUACACAGACAACCAGGAACUGGAGGUCUGACCCUUGACCCUGGAAUAUCUCUGGCUUUCAAGGAGUUUAAAUUGUUUUGCUUUUUAGUUUAUUUUGCGUUCUUCGCAUUCUCUUGCUCAGAGGGCCACAACCCCGGCCCCUGACACUGUCAUUGUUGCCCUGCUUCAUGGAGUGAUGGUGAUGUUGAGCCCGCCCCAGCUUCUUCAGGUGGUGAUCCUCUGGCGUUUAUGAACUCAGACGGCGAGACACCUUCAGCAGAUCCCUCAAAAGCAAAAGCUAGUAAGAGGUAGGGUUGAAAGUUUUAUUCAUUUGGCAUCUUUCAACUUGGUUUGAGGAUAAAAUGAGUAACUGUGGAAAGCAGAGUAGGUGGCUGAUGAAGCUGAUGCUAGAACCGAUCUGACGGAUAAAACACACUUGCCUUCUGGUCUGCAGCUGUGUCUUGAGUUGCUCUGUGUUGUCAAAGGAAACAUGGAGUCCUGGGGCGUCACAUUGAGCAGGAUCCUUCAUGCCAGUUUCCCAGAAGCCCUUGCUGACAAGUAGCUAGAUGUCACCGUAGGUCUCUCUUCCAGCUGUGCUCUGGGCUGACAUAGAGCCAGAGAGAGAAAAUAAUGAAUGCAUCUGUUCAUUUAACAGUUGUUUGUCCCCGUGUGUGCGUGUUGUGUGUGUGUUGUGUGUGUGCGUGUGUGUGUGGGAGGGAGGGCAUGUUCAUAUCUCUGGACAGAAAAAGUAUGUAUAGCACAUUUGUAAGGUGGAACAAUGAAGGACAAAAUCGGAGACUUUGACGACAGAAUUAUUUCGAAAUUCAAAAUGUCCUUUUCAAACAAAAUAACUCGAGCGAUAUUCUUAUCAAAGGAGAGAACCAACACAUCAAAAGCCAGUAAAACUUUGUGAAAAGUUUGAAGACUUAAAAAAUAUAUACACUGUUGCCUGUACUGUUUCUGUAAUACUACAGCUGUCAAAGAUGUAUGAUUUUUUUCAUACGUGUGUGUAAAAUAGCUUUGAUGUAUAUAAAUGUAUUGUACAUAUUGAUGCCCUUUUUUGUACUGUAACUUGGUCUGAGAAUGUCACUGUUUUACUUUGCUCAGUUUGUCUUAUCUUGCUUUUCCAUUGGAACUGCCAGCAGAUGUGGAUUUUAAUAAAAGUGCA